GAAAAAACUCCCCCUCAAAAUUUCACCUUGAUCAAAUUUCUAGCAACCGUGCCACGUGACCGGGAAGCAAAUCCUGACCGACCAGAACGACCAAGACAUCAAUUCGCGUCAACGCCAGAGGCCUCGUCCUAUCGAUGCGCCCCAUGGGUUCAUUAGAAUAAUCGUCGGAAGGGAUUCCUUUUGUGGACUAAGUUGCCGAACUGGCGCCGAUUCAUCUUUUACAGAGACGCGGCAGUCCCCUCGAGAGCUGGCGAGGUGGAUACUGGGGCAUGUUCAACAUCGCGGCCUACACUCCUCUCGAGUCGCUUUUGUUGAUCCAGUCACUCGUCGCUCACGGCUCCGUCGACCCGCCGGCCUUCACCCACGUCUCCGGCCUCCUCACAGCAAACUCUUAUAUCAAGGACGACGACCGCUACGAUGAGAAACGCCUGAGCCCCGGCUCGCUCCAGGAGCUCUUCCUGCAUAUACUGCGGGACGAGCUGAAGCUAGAGGUCGAAAACGCCGACAAGUCUGCACCCGACGGCAGCGUCUCCCCGAAUAAGCGCCGCAAGCUGCAGGCCCCCUCCCCGCACACCCUCCAGGAGGCGCAUCCGUACCUACCCAAGGUCCCGGCGCUGUUCGACCGACUGUACUCGCGAUACCAGGAGCACCAGAUCCGCCGGAUUCGCGAGGAUGAGGAGAAGUUCGAUCGGGUGCAGUCCGAGAUUAAGGCUCUGCUGGAGGAAGAGGAUCGUGAACGGAAGGAGAAGGAAGCACGGGAGGCCCAGCGCCAGCGAGACGCUGCUGUCUACAAUCAUGCGCCUCCAGUCAAGCCCGAGGAGAGGAGAGGGACGGUCACGUUGCCAAACGGCACGGGUGCCGCUGCUGGAGCUGGACCUGCUCCUACCCCUUCUCUCGUCGGCGCCACCCAGCCUGGAGGGCGACCACACCCGAUUGUGGUUGCCACAGCGCCUCCCGCGAAACCACAGCCGCCUGUCAAGUCCACGAGCAAACCGGCAUCUGGUGUGCCCAGCCAACCAUCCCCAGGCCUAAAGCCUGCUCCUUCACAUGCGCCUGCGGCCGCGCCAACUCCUCCAGCGCCGCCACCGCGAUCCCCCGCCCCAGCGGCGCCGAAUCUUGCAACCCCCAAUCAGCCAGCUACCACAACAGCCCAUCUUCCCUCACCCUCGCCAGCUCCCGCUCUUGCCCGACCGGUUGCGGCCCCUGUAGGCGGCUCACCAGGUGUCCCCUUAGUGCCACACACACCCCAGGCUUCGGCGCAGCCACCCAUAACAGGACCACCUGCGCAGCCACCGGCUUUGCAGCAUGUGAACGAGCUCCCGCGACGUCCAACCCCGGUCGUAACUGCACAGCACUCACUGGCAGCGGGCAAUGCGUCGCUCUCGGCUCCUCCGCUAGCAAAAGCGGGCGUUGCACCGCCGAGCCAGUUUGGCCAAGCCGCAGCAUCCGAUGUCAGACACGAACCAGCGCGCCCAGCCAACGGCGCCGUCAGCUCUCCUGUCCUUCAGCAUCCCCAGGGCGUAAUGGUUUCCUCGCCGCGGCCAACGCAGUCUCCUCAACCACAGCCCCCACAGCUUGGGGUGUUACAGCGCCCAGAGGCUGUCGGUAAACCCAAGGUGCUGCCGCCACCACAACAGACGACACCCACACCGCCCGCAGGAACACCGCUCAAAUGGGAGCCUCCCUACAAGCCCCCACAGCCGCCGACGGCCUCUCAGAGGCCACAGGUAGGACCCCCCGGCAUGGGACAGCAUCACAUGGUUCCGCAGACGUGGACACCGCAUACACAUGCCCAAGUACAGGCGCAUGCCCAGGCACAGGCGGCUGCGAUUGCGCAUGCUCAGGCCCAGGCUCAAGCUCAGGCACAAGCAGCUCAGGCACAAGCAGCUCAGGCACAAGCAGUUCAAGCACAAGCAGCCCAGGCCCAUGCGGCUCAGACUCAGGCGGCACCAUAUCUCCAAGUGAAUCCUCAAGGGCAGACGCAGGCGCAAGCGCAGGCGAAGCCCCAGAACCAAGGUCCUGCACAAGGACAAGCCCUCCCCCCUUAUCAGAGCCCCACACAGCUACAGGCUCGCAACAUCAAGUCUCAACAAGCACAGAAACCACCACCGCAGCCAUCUCACCCUGUUAUCUUCUCGCACAAACCAGCCCUUGCGCACCCAAGCCAUCAACAUCCUGUCUAUCAGCUUCAAUCUCCUGCUGCUGAUUCCAGGAGACCUCCGGUACCACCCGCGGCCUCCGCUCAGCAGCCGCAGCGUGUGCUACAAGCUCAGUCGGCCCAGCCGAUGCCGGCCCGGACUGUUGCGCCCUCCGUGCCGACGACCCCAGUCCCUGCACAGGCUGCACCAUCGCCUCAUCGACCCCCCGUUGCUGCCUCGCCAACGCCCAUGCUCACGCCCACGCAUCCUCCUCCAAAGCGCUCUUCACCCACUCAAUCCCAUCAAUCUCCUCGCAUCUCCAGUCACACCCAACCUCAGCCUCCGAAAUCAACUCAUAUCCACCAGCAGGUAUACGCAAAUUCUCAAUCACAUUCGCCACAGCAAUCGCCAAUCCAACAACAAGCGCGCGCUCAUCCACCAUCACAACAGUACACCCACCCCCAGGGACCAGUUCGACUACCGGUGCCUGCGACCGCGGCACAGAAUACACAGCAGGUACCUGCCGUUGUAGCCCCCACGAAGACUGCAUCACCCGGUCCGGCGGUGCAUUCUACCUCGGCGCCACCCCCCGGAAUCACGCAGCCGGAAGCCUCAAAACACUAUGCUGGGCCAUAUGACACAACUACAGUACCUGUGGCGACAGCGCCAGGCAGCUUCAGGCCACAAGUCUCCACGCCAAAGCCCCCUGCUGCCGGACACAGAUUUGCACCCCUGCUCCCGCAGACGCCCGCCAAUGUCGGCGACGCGGGUUACUUCUCCAGGCAUGGGAGUGCCACUCGGUGGAAGUCAGCCCAGACUCCUGCUACACCCAACGCUGUGGAAGCUUCUGGUAUGGCGGCGCCUCCGUUUGAACGCCUUAGUCCCGUUAGUUCUACGGCCAGUCUUGCUGUACCUGGUGCGACCUCGGUGUCAUUGGAUGGACUUGCAGACUCAGCAGCUUCGCAGCAAUCCCAGCCGAAAGCCCAGGGCAAGAAGCAGCAAACGCACAAGCUUGAGACUGGAUUGCCACCCAAAGCCCGACAAGUUCGGCAACCCCGCAGCAAGGUGCAUGACGCUCAAAACUUGCCAGCAUCUAAGGAGGUGGAGGCCCACCAACAGCCCAGCCCAGUAGAUGAAACUCGCAAGGCGGCGAGGGAGCCCGACCCGGCCAAGGUUAAGGACGAGGAAGAGACACCGCGACCUAUGGAUGAGACAGGCGACACGACAGCCGACGAGAGCGGCCCGAGCCAACGCCAUCCGGCGCCUUCGGCUAGUCUGCCGUCGCGAAGACCAAAGCGGAAGCGAGGCGAGUCAGCUGGACCCGACAGGAUGGAUGCCACUCCAGCGCCGGUGUCCGAGGCUCCUCCGGAGACAGCCACUGCUCCUCUGGCCUCGACUUCUGUCGUACCUCGGUCAGAGCCACCAUCACACAUCCUCUGGACCCGUGGCUUCCCUAGAAUCAGCUCCUCGGCACUUGAUCAAAUCGGUAGCCACCGGCACGCAAACAUGUUUGCCCACCAAAUCAGAGACCGGGAUGCACCGGGUUACAAGAAUAUCGUCCUUGGCCCUAUGGAUCUCAAGUCUAUCCGGGCAGCUAUCACCCACGGCAACAAAGCUGCGACCCAGGCAGCCGCUGCCUUGCCAGACGGCGACCCGGGCACGAGCACAGUGUGGCUCCCCAUCAGCGAAGAUCUCGUUCCUCCUCGCGGCAUCAUCAACAGCGCACAGCUAGACCGAGAGCUGGUGCACAUGUUUGCAAACGCGAUCAUGUACAACCCGGACCCGCAGCGAGGGUUCGGCCCCAGCUUUCUUCGCCGCGACGAUGAUGAGGAUGAGGCGGCGGAUGAAGCGGACGCGAGCACGGCGGCAGCUGUUGUGCCGGGUUCAAAUGUUCUGGGCUACAAGGUGGACGAGAACGCAGUCGUCAACGACACGCGCUCCAUGUUUGUCGAGGUUGAGAAGCUUCUUAGUAACAUGCGAGCGGCCGAGAUAUCACGUGGAGCGCCGCCUCCGCCUCCCGGGUCUACAGGCCUGGUUAGCGCCGCUUCUCAGGACGAUGACGCCAACGGAGGCGCAUCCCUGGACGGCGCCGACGAUAGAGAGGGAACCGCGGCCACCGAUGGCGACGGUACAGGGAGCGGAGCAGCAGGGACAGGUGGCACGAUUAAGCGACGGCGUAUGACCCGAGGCUGAAGGGGGAAAUGUCCCAAUGGAUGCUACGGCGGGUUAAUGGGCUCGGAUAGGGUUGGCAGUGUGGGCUUGUCCAUUUGUGCUGACGGGCACGGCUGUCUUUCUGGCGGGGCUGUGACGGCCGGACUCGCCUGUUGGAUGCCUGGGUAAACUAUAGAAUGGCCGACUAAGUGUACGGCCCUGCUAAUGUCCUGCAUAUUAGACAAGACAGUGGCUUCGUUUUCUCACCUCACUGUUUCUUUUUUUCUUCUCUCUUUUUUCUUUUCCCUCUAAUUCAACUUUCCUCUUAAGCAGGGAGCGCACCUAUACCAUAAGAUACCAUUCCUAUUCCAUGC